AUGACGUGGAAGACCUGCCUGCACCAACAUGUUGGAUGCAUGCUUAUUUCACUUAUCCGAGUCGGACAAGCUCAAGCAGAGUUUAAACCAGUUCUGUCUGUGGAGCCGAAUUCACCUCAAAUAUUCAGAGGAGAGACGGUUACACUCACAUGUAGGAUUUCAGGAGGAAAUGGACUGUACUACUGGUACAGAGAUGGUGGUUAUAGUCACAGUUCUGCUGAAAAUUACUACACUAUAAAUGUAGAUCAGAGUCACAAAUACAGAUGUUACGGGUCUAUUGAUAGAUGGUCAACGCCAUGGAGUAAUGAAGUGACUCUCUCAGUGAUAGAGAGACCAAAAGCCGUUCUGACUCUGCGGAAUGAUGGACAGAUAUUCAGUGGACAGGAAGUCACUUUCACAUGUAAAAUACGAGGACAUGCAGACACUGAGUGGAUGUACAACUGGUAUAAAGAUGGUGUCCAAAUAUUCUCCUCUGAUAAGAACAGUAAAUAUUCAUUCAAUGCUGUAGAGUCUCUCAGCGCUAAAUACACCUGCAGUGGACGGAGAAGAAGUGACUCUCAGACCUCAGAGACCAGCAACACUGUUACACUCACUGUGUCAGAAAAACCUAAACCUGAACUCACAUCAAGUCGUGAAGGAGCUGUACUGAAAGGAAACUCAGUGACUCUGUUCUGUAUACUGAAUCUGCAGUCUACUGGAUGGAAGUUUUACUGGAUCAAACCCACACAGAGCACUGAGACUGAGACUGAAACUGAAAUACAGUACUACAUCAUCAGCUCAGUUAGCAUCUCUGAUGGAGAGAGUCCUAAAGCUGUGGUGACCAUAAAGCCUGAUAAACAUGUGUUCAGAGGAGAGACUGUGACUCUCAGAUGUGAAAUACAGGGAGGAGGAGACACUGAGUGGAAAUACAGCUGGGAUAAGAAAUAUAACAUGCCCUACCCAUCCCCCACAACACAGGAGUUCAGCUUCAGCUCAGUUAUAAAUGAUAACAGUGGUAAAUACACCUGCAGAGGGAAGAGAAGUGACUCUCAGAGAUCAGAGAUCAGUGAUGCUGUUACACUCACUGUAUCAGGUGAGUGUGUGAAGGCAGUAGUGAGUGUGUCUCCACUGCGCUGGCUGACUGAAGGAGACUCAGUGACUCUAAGCUGUGAGGUUAAACACUCCUCUACAGGCUGGACAUUCAGCUGGUACAGUACAGUGCUCCUCUCAGACAGCAGCAGAGGAUCUGGAGGCUCCUACACUCUCAGUCCUGUUGCUGUGAAUCACACAGGAGUUUAUAUGUGCAGCGCAGAGAGAGGAGAACCAGUCUUUCACACACAGGACAGUAACCUACAGCCACUGUGCAUCACUGGUGAAUCUCCUCCAGUGUCUCUGAUCAUCAAUCCCAGCAGAACUCAACACUUUACUGCUGACUCUCUCUCACUGAGCUGUGAGGACCAGAGUGACUCUACUGGAUGGACAGUGAGAGGAUACACACACAGUGAGGCAGUGUCUGAUUGUUCAUCAGUUUCAGGAUCUACAUGUAACAUCAGCUUCCUCUCUACAUCACACACUGGAGUUUACUGGUGUCAGUCUGAAUCUGGAGGACGCAGUAAUCCUGUCAACAUCACAGUGCACCAUGGUGAUGUGAUCCUGGACAGUCCUGUCCAUCCUGCGACUGAGGGAAAUCCUCUGAUUUUACAUUGUUUAUCUCGCAACUCAAAGACCUCAGCUUCUGGUGUUGAUUUCUAUAAAGAUGGUUCAGUCCUGCAGAACAAGACUACAGGAGAGAUGACCAUCAGUACUGUGUCAAAGUCAGAUGAAGGUUUCUACCACUGUAAACACCCAGAGAGAGGAGAGUCACCGAAAAGCUGGGUUUCAGUCAGAGACUCAGGGUCUGGAUCCAGUAUUGAUAUAGUAUUUGUGUCUGUGGGACUGAGUUUGGCCUUGCUGUUCAUCAUCCUUUUACUGAUCCUGCUUUGGUGGCACAAAUCCAUCAAAGGUCUGAUAACUAGUUUUCACUAAAUUGCUUAUAAUAUGAUCAGUACUUCUACAAAGCUUAGUCUAUAAAACAUGAAAUAGUAUACGUUACACAAACAUGUAAAUAACUUAAACAUGUUAACAAAAUGGUCUAUGACUGGUAUCUAACACUUUUCAAUAAUUACUCUCGUUACACAUGA